CUGAAAGCUACACGGCUUCAAACGCACAGGCAAGCUUAGUAACCAGCCAUGAAGACCAUGAAGAGAUGCAUUGUUCCUAGCAUCCUGCUGAUGCUUUCACUCGAGGCCGUCCUCCUCGUCGCCGCCGGCCGCCCUUCCACGGCCACCGGCGCCGACGAUGUGGGCACCAUUCUCCUGCCGAGCGAAGGCAAAGGCGAUGCAGGAGUGGUGGCGGCAGCGAAGAAGGGGGAAGAGGAAGAGAGGCCAUGGAAAUGCUGCGACUUCGCUCUGUGCACCAGGUCAUUCCCACCGCUGUGCCGCUGCAUGGACAAGGUCGAGCAGUGUGCUGCGACCUGCGAGAGCUGCGAGCCGGCCACGUCGGACUCAUCCCACCGCGUCUGCAACGACUGGUACCAUGGCUUCCCGGGGCCCAUGUGCACGGAGGCUGUUGCAACAGCGAAGAAGAAGAAGGCGGAAGAAGAAGAGAGGCCGUGGAAAUGCUGCGACUUGGCUCUGUGCACCAGGUCGUUCCCGCCGAUGUGCCGCUGCAUGGACAAGGUCGAGCAGUGUGCCGCAAAUUGCAAGAGCUGCGAGCCGGCCACGUCGGACUCAUCCCGCCGCGUCUGCAACGACUGGUACCAUGGGUGCACCAGGUCGAUCCCGCCGAUCUGCACCUGCAUGGACGAGGCUUUCGAGUGCGCCUCCACCUGCAAGGCAUGCGUGCCGUCGACGCGGAACCCGUCCCUCCAGGUCUGCCAGGACCAGUUCGUCGGCGACCCGGGGCCCAUCUGCCGGCCGUGGGAGUGCUGCGACUCGGCUGCGUGCACCAAGACCGACCCGCCGACGUGCCGCUGCGGGGACGAGGUCGAGCAGUGCGCUCCGACCUGCAAGACGUGCGAGCCGUCCACGUCGGACCCAUCCCUCAACGUCUGCAAGGACGCGUACACCGGGGCCAUCCCGCCCACGUGCACGCCGCCAGAGGCUCUUGCCGCCGGCGGUAACUAGCACGCACGCGCACGCGUUGGUGUGCACCAUGAUCGAGUCGCUACGUCCCUACUCCUGCCAUGCUGCUGCAGCAGCCUGCAGUUUGUGACUAUACAUAAAAUAAAAAAUGGAUAAGCAAUCAUGUAUAAGACAGAGUGCUAUUUAAUCUUAUCUUUUUAAUAA